GCAGGGGCCGCACGGCAACCCGCCCCACAGGGAAAACGAACAACACAGGACAGGAGCCGUGAAAUCACCGACUCGUACCCAGAAACGCAGUAAAGUCAUUCAUUUUUCGCUGUUUCUGUGAAAGAUCCGCCUGAGUUUCACCAUGAGCAACCAAUCAGAGCAACUUGCUCAAUUUAUUGACCUGACGGGAGCUAGUGAGGAUCGUGCUAAAUUUUUUCUAGAGUCAUCCGGCUGGCAAUUGGAGGUGGCGCUGGCUAGCUUUUUCGAGACUGAGAACGAUAAUGAAAUGGAUCGGGACAGCCCUGAAGUGCUGGAGCAAGUGAACAGUCCCCCCGAGCGCUCUGCCCCUGAACCACAAGCUAGACCUAGUGGCAACAAGAAAAGUAAAUCCAAGAGCAAAUCUUAUUCCAAUUCCAGCAAUCGAGUGCGAACUCUUGCUAGUUAUCGCCAGGAGUCUGACAGUGAAGACUCUGGAAAUGAAGAUGGUCAGGCCUUCUAUGCUGGUGGCUCAGAUUCAAGUGGACAGCAAAUUUUAGGCCCCUCUAAAAAUAAGAACAGAGGCAACAAAGAAGAUCUUGUGGCUCAGAUGUUUAAGUCGGUCAAAGAACAUGGAGCUGAAGUAGUGGAUCCUAACGGCUUACCUGGGCCUGCUGGGCCAUCCACCAGUAGUUUUGGUGGUAGAGGCUACCGCCUAGGAUACACCCCUGAUGACAUUGAAGAAGUCCCUGAAGAAGGGGCAUCUUCUAGACAAGCACCUCAAGUGGAGGUGACUCUGAGGAUGUGGAGAGAAGGAUUUACUGUGAAUGAUGGACCUUUAAGGAAGUACUCGGACCCUGAAAAUAAGGAGUUUUUGGAGUGCAUCCGAAAGGGGGAAGUACCCCGAGAAUUAGUUCGUGAAGCCAGAGGAAGUGAAGUCCACGUCAACAUGGAAAAUCAUUCUCAUGAGGACCCUGGUCCAUACAAGCCGAAAGUUAAAGCCUUUGGAGGGAAAGGAAAUGUGUUGGGCAGCCCUGUACCAUCUUCCGUGUCAACUGAUGUAUCAGCAGCUCCAACUGACCCAAAGACCAAAGAGGCGGCAGAAGAAGCUGCCAAAAAACAGGUUUCAGUUGAUGCAUCUCAACCAAGUACAACAAUUCAAGUCCGCCUCACUGAUGGCUCCACCAUUGUUGCUCGGCUAAACCACUCUCAUACUGUUGCUGACCUCCGGCGAUACAUCUCAAUAGCUCGUCCUCAGUAUGCCAGUGCUCCCUUCAGUCUUCAUACCACUUUUCCCCGCAAGGAACUUUCUGACGAUUCACAGUCUGUUCAUGCCGCUGGGCUCCUCAAUGCUGCAGUUCUUCAAAGACUGGGAUAAACGUACUAUUACAAUGGGAUUCAAUUGCAUUGAGAGUUGUGCAAGGCAUCUAUGGAGGUACACCACUUUAUCUGUAAUUGAAUUUGACUGGUUGCUUUCGAUCAUCGCACUUUGACUGUGAUUGUUUUAACUACCGAAUAAUAAGAGUUAGACUGCAUUUGCACUAGUUCCCUUUGUUUGUAAGAUUCUUUCUCCAUUUGAUUAGUUUUGAGUUGUCAUCUGUUAAUGAAAAUUUAUUUACGGAAUUUUAAGUUCUUUAUCUGUUCCCCUCUAAAGUCCACAAUUUUUUUUUUCUUCUUUCUUUGUAUGUGUUUCGUGUACAUAUCUUAAACAUUUUAGCACAUUGUUAUGCUGUGCAUGGACAUGCUUCUUUUUUUUGUUACCUUUGCCACUAUUUCUCCUCAGAAGUGGAUGUAAUUUUUUCUCUACUUGGGUAGAGUGAAGGUGGACAGAUAGAGAUUGGAAAUAAACAUGCCUAAUGAAUGACA